GUUUGUCAGACGUGGGCUUGUUGUGUUUAUUUUAUUCCGAAAUUUCACGUGAAUAAGUAUACGUUUCUUAAGAACACAAUAUCGUCCGCCGUGUGUGAGUCAAGUGACAGCACGCUCAGCGCCAACGGAGACGCAUUCAAUUAAAACCGAGCCAAACAAAAUAUAAUGCGUCGAAAUGUGCGCCAACAACAGUACAACUGGGAGAAUGGGCAGCAAGACGGAAUGGACGAUAUAUUUCUCAGACCCGCCCAUGAAAGCAACGAGAUUAUGGAUUUGGUUCAGUUGGCAAACAGAUCCAGCAACGGAAACACAAAAGUGUCGCGUUCUGAGAACACGCUGGAGGUGAAAGUACAGGAGGGCGAUACACUGCAAGCUCUGGCACUGCGGUUCCAUUGUUCUGUAGCGGACAUUAAGCGCCUGAACAAGAUUGAUCGCGAUAAUGAGAUACAUGCACGUCGAAUUAUUCGCAUUCCAGUCACAGUACACAAUGUGCUGCUGGGUGCCAGCGACGUCGAUGCACUGCCUUGUGUUCAUCGUAGCGGGAAUAACAGUCCCAGGCACAAUGUGGACCUAGAGCCGGCCAUCGAGCGCAAUCCGCUGGAGGAUGCACGCAUGAUGCUGGAUGAGCGACUUCUGGUGGCUGCUGUAAAUGCUUCCGGUCCUGUAGCUGGCGAAGUUCAGCCCUCAACACGCAGAGAUGGAAGUAAAUUUUAUGAAGGAGCUCAUGGCUAUCCAGAUGACGAGGCCAACAUGGAGCAGACGUUGGACGACAGUGCGGCCUUGCUGGAUGAUAUGCUGGUGGAUAGGCAUGCGCCAAUUGUGCGUCCCAUUCCGGGUCCCUCGCUGCGUGCCAUUGACUGGUCUGGCUCGGAUUGCGACAUGUCCUGGAUAUGCCUGCUAAUAUUUAUACUCGCACUCUGUGUUGUUAUACCGCUCGUCUAUGUCAUUUAUCUGGCGGAGCAUCCGCAUCACAAUCACACCUCAUAGCUCAAGUGAUCAUCAUUCCAAGUGUGCUAAUUGAGAUGAUAGGCGAAAAAACACAACUCUCACUUUCUUGCUACGGAGGAACGCAUUUAAAAUGCAGCUGCGAGACGUAGAAUUUAUAAUUUUUUUAAAAAAUGAUUAUAUACAAUUAAAUAAUAAUUAUUUAUCAUAGAAACAAAGAACCAAUUGUGACUUGUACAAUAUAUAUUAAUAGACUUGACAAAAAUAAUGAAUGUGUUAAUGUAAAAGUCUCAAUUUUAUGAAAAAUUAAAUUAAACAAAUCUUAAUUGGCGAAUACAGGCA